AUGGUGUUAGCUGAGAUAAACACUGGCAAUUUCACCUUCCCCGUGCUGAACACGUACUUCCAGUACAGGCACCGAGAGAGACCAUAUACUGAUCAGUUAAAAGAGCCGGUUGGGUUCUACCGCUAUGACUUGCUCAUUUGCACAAUGGACGAAAACGACAUGUCACCCCUAUCGCACAGUGACAUCAAGCUUCUGGGCGCACGACGCACUGCCAGGCGAGGUGAGAGACUCGCUGAAGCAAUUUACGAGCUCGGACUUGAAGUGUUGAAUCGACCAAACUUCCCAUCAACGUAUGAAGGUCGCCGAGAGGCGACCUCGAACAUUGUAGUGACACUCAAGAGUGCACACGCGCUUCUCCGUGUGGAGAAUUGGAAGGUAUGGUCGGGAAUGACACUAAUUGACCACAAUCUGACCACAUUCACUGUAGCCUAUGAUGGGGAGCCUCCUCAAGACCGUGUGAACGGCAUCGUCAAAUACAACUGGCGCAAGGCAGAUUGGGAUCGACUAAGAGGAAAUCUAAUGGUAGCAGAUUGGCCAAUGGAUCGUGUUGUGGACGUAGACAAAGCUGCAGAGGAUCUGACGGUGGCCAUACAGACAGUAGCAAGGGGCGCAGUCCUGUUGGCCCAUACAGGCAAAACGCCUACGGCACCUUGGAACCCUGAGCUGCAGCGUCUCCGACGCAAAUUCAGAAGGGUGCGGCGGCACUACCAGCGCAGCAUUGGUGAUCACAUGUGUGAAGCCACUGUCGCGCGGUCCAGGUGGGCAAAGGUGGUGUUUAAGUUGACACUGCACAUGGUAUGGACUGAGAGUUGGCAGACUAUCGUUCGCGACAGUCUGGCAGCUGACCCCUGCGGCACGCCGUACAAGAUUGCAGCGUUGAAUGUUCGGUCACCGACAGUCCUGUCGACCCAAAGGAAGAUCGAUGGCAGCCACACAUGUGAGUGGCAAGUCAGCCCAACCCCUCAUGAACACCUUAUUUCCCGAUGA